GCACAGCUCACCUCGAGCAAACGACAUCGCAUUAUUGAACACAGAGCAAACGGCAAGAAGAAGAGAGGCGAGCGGGUGAUCGGAUUCGGGAUUCGAUCGAUCCACCCGGCCGGGAGGUGUUUGAUUUGAUUCGAUUCGAUUCGAUGGCGGCGGAGUUUGGUGGGUGGUGGCCGAUGUCGCCGUGGCUGAGCCCGGGCGCCGCGUGGUUCAUCUUCUUCAACGUCGUCGUGGGCGCCAUCGCGGUCAUGUCCCGUGCCCACGUCCACGACGCGCCGCCGGCCGGCAACCGCCGCAGGCUCUCUCGCACGGCAUCCACCCUCGUCCUCGACAGCCUCCGCUCCAUCUCCCUAUUCUCGUUCCCCUCCGGCGCCGCGGGCGGCGGCGACGACAGCGUCCCGUACUACUCCCCGCCGGCGCCGCUGCAUCAGGACCCGCGCUGCGCGUUCCAAGAACCAGAGGCGCAUGAGGCGACAAGCUGCCGGGUGGCGCCGCCGAAGCUCCGCGAGCGCGAGCCGGCGCCAGCAAGCGCGCCUGCCGCGGCAGAGUGUAAGGAGGAAGACGCGGAGUCCAUCAGCUUGGACGAGGCGUACGCGCUGGCACGGGCAAGGCGGGAACCAGCAGCUGCCGCGGCCAAUAAUACGGUGGCGAAGGAGGAGGUGCCAAGGAAGAAAAGGGGGCCGGUAAUGAAGCUGGAGGAGGUCAAGGGGCGAUACGGAUGCGGGCGGGGAGUUUUGGAGGAGGUGGAAGGGAAGGCGGAGGUGAACGCGCGGGCAGAGCAGUUCAUCCGGCAGUUCCGGGAGGAGCUCAAGCUGGAGCGGAUCAACUCCAUCCUCAACUACACCCGCGCGCUCCGACGCGCCGGCGCCACGGUGGCGGCCGGGGCAGCGACAAACCGUCUCGUUUGAUCGUGUGGAGAUCGGAAAAAAGGAGAAUGUUUCUCGGUUGGUUGUACAGGUCCAUCAUUCCCGGACAACACACAGUUUUGGAUCGUUUACUGUACUGCAUAUAGUACAUGACACAGAGUGAGAAUUCCGCGACACAGGAGACUACUAAGCCACCAUUUUUUCUUCUCUGAGCUGCAGCUGCACAUAUAUGAUGAGGCAAUCAAUCUUUUCUUUAAGAACAUCAUUUCAGAAUAUCUUAUUGUGGUUUAUCAUCUUUUGAUCUUUUUCAUCUUA